AUGCUGGAGAAGAGAAAAGGCGCCUUCGCGUUGGACGGUAAACUGGGGAAUCACCCGGCAAUGGCGAAGAUACGAACGCAGGAGGGUACCCAACCAAUCGCACUUCCCUUGCGCAGCUCCUCUCCAGCAAAGAAGGCGGUAAUGGACGAACAAAUCGACAAAUGGUUCGAGCAGGACGUGAUUGAAGCCUCGCGUAGCCCGUGGAGUGCGCCGGUGGUCAUCGCGUACAGAAAUGGCAAGCCGCGGUUCUGCUCGUGUAUUCCAAGUCAUUCGAGGAGCACAUAG